AUGAAGGCAGCCGUGAGCCCCGGAGCGCCCCCUAAGUCGAGCAUCAUACACCUUGAAAAGCUGCCUAACUCCCUGGCGGACUACACCAGCGACAUGCACGGCCACCUCGAAGCGAUCCGCCUGUGCGAGGAGGCGUCGGCCUUCCUGGCGCGCCCCGCGCAGGCGCCGUGGGCGGUCCUGCAGGCCCAGCUGAAGCUGCUGCGAGCGCAGCUGGUGUCUGUGUACGGCAUGUACCUCGCCAGCGGUUACAGCCGGGGUUUCAUGGAGUCGCUGGCCCCCUUCGUCGGCUUCAUGCCCAUCGCUGACAACCCCGGCGGCGCAAUCCUCAUGAACGACACCGCCUGCAAGCAGCAGGCCGGCUGGGGGCUGCAGCAGGUGGUGCGGGUAACAUGCGCGGGCUUCCUGUACCUGAACCAGGACCACGCAGUCGCGCGCACCAACCUGGAGGCUGUGGCCGGCUGGCUGGCAAACGACGAGAACCGUCGCGGGUUGGCUCCUGAGCUGGAGGGUUUUGCCGUGAGCCUGACCCCCAACGAGCUGCACUGGGUGGUGCUCAACCUGCUGUACAAGCUGCUGGUCCUCAUGAUGCCGCAGGCAAGCAAGAGCCAGGCGGCGCGCGAGGCGCUGCUUGAUGCGCAGCGCCAGGCCGGGUUCAAGAUGGUCAAGGCGCUGCCCCACAAGGCGGACGGCUACUGGCGCGCGGGCACGCCCUGCUUCAACCAGGUCAACGCGCGGCUCGCGCUCAGCUAA